CCACAUUCUAGGUCGUGCAAGGCGUCGAGCUCCAAUAUGGAGGCCAUUCUAUCUAAGCUUAAAGCCAAAGCAGAGAUUGCUUCAGAUAAUGCUUUACUUCGAGAUACCAUCUUAUUGCUGACAGAUUUACACCACAACGAAGCAAUUACUCAGCGCGUCACUUGGGACAGUCUCAUCCGGGAUUUCCAACGGCUACAGGAUCAAGGGCUAUGGGACAUAUCCGAAGAUAACACAAAGCUUUUGCAUACGCUGCGCAGUGUCUUGACUACUCAACCGUCCAACCGUAAACCCACCAGAAAUAUACCCCCACCCUCUCGUCCAGCGAGUGAAGCAUUACAGAGUUCUUUCUCAAUAAUUUAUCCGGAUUCUGAAUCUACACCGUCUCCCCUCAUCCCGACAUCUGAUCCGGUAUUGCUUCCUCUAGAGCUGGUAGAAAUUCUUAACCGCACAUACUUCCAUCACCUGCUUGCCACAGAUCCAAAGCGUGUUGUCCCUCCCGGCAAGUCCCUCGUUUCAAUGCUGGCAAAGGACGCCGGAAAACCUACAUUACGUGAUAAGGUUGAGGAUCUCGUGCAUAAAGCUUUCUGGGACGAGGCCAUAGAAUCACUCUCGAAUCCGGAGCCUUCUUGCCAGAUACCACGCAUUAACUCGUUGUACCAAGACCUCCUCAUUGCACUGACACCUCUUCUCCCAUCUCAGAAUCCUGUCAUUACCACACUUUCCUCGCCGUUACCUCCGACGUCUUCUCCAUUAGAUUCAGCUAUCAUGCAUUUGCGUGAGGUUGUAACGUCUCUGCGCAAGCGUUGCGCGCCAGUCCAGGACGAAGAGCUUGAUGACCUUCUUCGUUUACUGGACGAACCUCCCCCCCGGUCAUCGCGUCCUAUCUCACUAGCCACGCUAGUGGUAGACACGGUGAAAUCCAUACUCAGAAUCUCAGAUGUUAUGAAAGAACAACUCUCCCAAUUCGUGUUGGGAAACAUGACUGAGCAGCAGCUGCAGUCUGCAAUAUCUAAACAGGCAAAAACCAAAGAACGCAGAAACAUCUUGGAUAUUUGGAAGAGCUGGCGGAUAGAGUCUAGCUGGCUGAUAUGGCUUGAGAACUAUCAACCGUCUUUUCAGGUUAACGGCGUCGCCGCUGAGUCGCAAUUGAAGUGGGUCAUGCGACUUGUACAGGCGCUAGGAUUAUCGACCCCUAUAUCUUGUCAAUUACCGACCAGAGAGCCACAGUCCAUCGAGAACUCCCUUCCGCCAAUUUUUUUCUUCUCUGCGCCCGCGCUGCUCGAAAUUCAGAAUUAUCUACAAGCACUCGUGAUCGCUGCUUCUCUGCGCACCUUAAUCCGUGUGCCUCAAGGUGCGCAAGGGAGCGACGCGAUGAGCUUCAUGGAGCGGCUGUGGAUCCUUCUCAAAGCGGAAAUCAUAGAAGAGCCAGAUUCAGGCGACACAAAGCUCGUGCAUCUCGCGGAUGAGGUCGUUCGUGCCCGCCGACUGGAUGGUGUCGUGCUCUCCGAAGAAGAGGAGAUCAGGCUUCGCGCGGCUGUUGCCCGCACACUCAACCAUAAUGACCCCGUGUUUGUGCUACUACAGAAACGGAUACUGAAAGCGUUGGCUGACGCACUUGGAUAUCAACGGUCGGAAUCUAGACAAGCUGGAGCACACACGGGACCACCCAGAAUGCAGACAGGGCAGGAUGGCAAGCAUGCCGAGAAGCGAGCUCGGAUAACAAUAGUCUUAAAUCCAGAAGAAUUUGAUGCGGGUUAUGGUGCGGAGACGCCGCAAUUGACAAUUGGCAGGGUGCAAGGGUUUGAAGAUGAGUAUUUGAGGAAGGUCGUCGAGGAAGUGUUUGUGAAAGUAGAUGAGUGUGUUUGGUCGGAUGUACUUCGGGUAGGAGUCGUCGAUCGUGAGUUCCUUGUCUAGGUUUGUAGAAUAUAUCGACAAGUCUGGAGUCGAGCAUGAGGUUGAGGUUCAAUCUCGAGCAGCAUGACGAUCUGGAAAUAGAUAAUCCUAGGUGGUG